CGCGGGCGGGGCGCGGCUGGCCGCGGGCGUGUGCGCGCGCCCCGUCCCUUGCCGGCGGAGGUGGGUGGCGCCGUUAUUCUCGCUGGGCUGAGGUAAAUAGCGGCCGCCGCCGGCAGCUCCGCGUAACCUCCGUCCUCCUCCGCUUCCCCCCGGUGCCGGGGCACCGGCCCGCCUCCUUUAGCCCUUCCCCUCCCUCAGGCGAUGUGCGGUGCUGAGGCGGGCGUCGCGAAGUGAAGAAGAAGCGAAGCCGCCGCCGUUUGUCGCGUCCUCCCCGCCAUCCGCCCACCCGUGGCCCCCGCCGGCGGCGACAUGGGCGAGUGCGGGGCCUCCGAGGAUGUCAACUCCAACGUGCUCAUCGCCCGCAGCACCGGCGACGCGCAGCUGGACAAGGCGGUGUGGCAGUGGCUGAGCUGGGACAAGGCUGCAUAUGCAGAGUAUCUGCAAAGCAAAAAAUGAUGGCUGUGGAAGUUGUAAACUGCUACUUAUUUUGACAGGAUAUUAGCUUUGAAACCUAACUCUGGCAAACCAAAAAACAAAAGAACAAAUUGAAAGCUUGUUACAGAAUGGAAAGCAUAAAGAGUUACGGGAUCGUCUCUGCUGCAGGCUGACCUUCGGGACCGCCGGGCUUCGCUCUGCGAUGGGAGCCGGCUUUUGCUAUAUCAAUGACCUUACAGUGAUCCAGUCAACACAGGGGAUCUACAAGUAUCUUGAGAGGUGUUUUUCAGACUUUAAGCAGAGAGGCUUUGUUGUUGGAUAUGACACACGAGGUCAGGUGACCAGCAACUGCAGCAGUAAGAAACUUGCAAAGCUCACUGCAGCAGUCCUGCUGGCUAAAGAUGUACCUGUAUACUUCUUUUCCACCUAUGUCCCUACACCAUUUGUGCCCUAUGCUGUUCAGCAGCUCAACGCUGUGGCUGGUGUGAUGAUCACAGCGUCCCACAAUCGGAAGGAGGACAACGGAUACAAGGUUUAUUGGGAAAAUGGAGCACAGAUCACCUCUCCUCAUGAUAAAGAAAUUAUAAAAUGUAUAGAAGAGUGCGUUGAACCAUGGAAUGGCUCUUGGAAUGAGAAUCUAGUAGACACCAGUCCCCUUAGAGAGGAUCCACUGAAGAAGAUUUGUGACUGUUACAUGGAGGAUCUGAAAAAGAUCUGUUAUCAUAGGGAGCUAAACAUGCAAACAAACUUGAAGUUUGUUCAUACCUCUUUCCAUGGAGUUGGACAUGACUAUGUGCAGUUGGCUUUCAAAGCAUUUGGCUUUCAGCCUCCCAUUCCAGUACCUGAACAGAAAGAUCCAGAUCCAGACUUCUCUACUGUCAAAUGCCCAAAUCCUGAAGAAGGAGAAUCUGUGCUGGAGUUGUCACUGAGGCUUGCAGAGAAAGAAAAUGCUAGAGUAGUAGUAGCCACUGAUCCAGAUGCAGACAGACUAGCAGUGGCAGAACAGCAGGAAAAUGGCUGCUGGAAGGUGUUCACUGGCAAUGAGCUAGCAGCUUUGUUUGGGUGGUGGAUGUUUUCUUGCUGGAAAGAAAACUGCUCCGAAGAUGCUGAUGUGAAGAAUGUUUACAUGUUAGCCACCACAGUCUCCUCAAAAAUUUUGAGGGCAAUUGCACUUAAAGAGGGAUUUCACUUUGAAGAAACACUCCCUGGUUUUAAAUGGAUUGGAAGUAGAGUUAAAGACCUCCUAGAUAAUGGAAAAGAAGUUCUCUUUGCAUUUGAAGAGUCUAUUGGCUUCAUGUGCGGCACAUCAGUGUUGGAUAAAGAUGGUGUAAGCGCAGCUGUGGUCAUAGCUGAAAUGGCAACCUACCUGGAGGGCAAGAACCUAACACUAGCACAGAAACUCAUUGAGAUAUAUGAAACGUAUGGAUAUCACAUAUCAAAGACUUCCUAUUUCUUGUGCUAUGAUCCUCCUACUAUCAAAAGGAUAUUUGAGAAACUUCGGAACUUCGAUGGCUCUCAGUCUUAUCCAGACUUUUGUGGUAUUUACAAUAUAUUACAUGUACGAGAUAUUACCACUGGCUACGAUAGCAGCCAGCCAAAUAAGAAAUCGGUGCUGCCAGUGAGUAAAAGCAGUCAGAUGAUCACUUUUACGUUUCAAAAUGGUUGUGUUGCCACCCUUCGGACAAGUGGAACAGAACCAAAGAUCAAGUACUAUGCAGAGAUGUGUGCGUUGCCUGAACAGAGUGACAGAGGCGUGCUGGAAGAAGAGCUUCAGAAGCUUAUCGAAGCUUUGAUUGAGAAUUUUCUUGAACCUGAUAAGAAUGGACUGGUCUGGCGUUCUGCUUAGAUCUCCUGUAACUGGUGUUCAAAGAACUAACUGCCUGCACUGCACCGUGUGAAACAAAGGAACCAAGAACAGAACUCAGUUUAAUACGUGUGUGUGUGUGUUAAACAGCUACAUCUUUAUUCUAUAAAGAAGCAGUAUUAUUUUGUCAGGCUUCUCACCAAAAUCUGGACUAGAAAAUUGUGAUAAAGAGAAGGGAUAAAAAAGAAUGGAAUUUAUCAUUACAAUUUUCUGUCCUUUUGACCAAAAGACUAAUUAAACCACACCAAUGCAAAUGAACUGCCCUAGUAGGUUUAAGGCAGCUGAUCUUAGCCACUAGAUCUUGUCUUAAACUAAUUUCAGGUACCCAAUACCUUUUGUGCAGAAAGGUUUUAGAAUUGGGUCGUGGUCAUGUUUGACUGACAAAAAAGCCUGCUUCUUCCUAGCUGUUGUGUGUGAAUGUAGGUAUCACUGUUACAGGUCUUAAUUUCCAAAAAUGUUGAAGUAGAGUUCAGUGCUUAGCAUUUCUUGUUUAGGCAAGUUGUCAAUAUGACAUUUUUUUCAGCUACUUAAAUAUCCUUCUGUUAAAGGUGCUCUUGGUGCAUUGUAACUUUCCUGUGUGUAUCUUAAAAUAUUUACUUGACAGUGAAACAAUAGUGGCAACACCUGCAGUCUGGGUUUUGAAUUACGUUGUGCCUUUCCAAGGCUUCCAAAGGCAUAGAAACUUACUCAUUCCAUGGUUAAAUUGCCCAUUCUAACUACAUAGACUUUGCAAGCAUUUUUUGUCCCACAUCUAUGAAGGGUCAUAAGCUUUUUUUUUCCCCCUAGUAAAGGUUUCAGAAAUUUGUAACUUUCAAGGAAAAUUCCAGUUAGUGACAGUUUUGGUUUUGAUAGCUUGAAUUCAUACUGUCUUGUGUAUUUAAAAAAGUGGAGGUGAGACAGUGAUGCCACUCACUUUUAGUUACUAAAUCACAA